AUGGCGUCUAGCUCGACAAGUGAAAACCAAGCUACUUUGGCCCAAUUAACAUGGGAAAUAUCGAAUACUAUUGAAACCAUUAGUGCAGUUGAUGAACUUUAUAGAUAUGACAAGAAACAACAACAAGAUAUUCUUAAUGCAAAACCUUGGGAGAAAGAUCCUCAUUUUUUCUCUGAGAUCAAAAUUUCAGCUCUAGCAUUACUAAAAAUGGUAAUGCAUGCAAGAUCUGGUGGAACCUUGGAAGUUAUGGGUCUCCUUCUAGGUAAAGUUGAUGCUAACACAAUGAUAGUUAUGGAUUCCUUUGCCCUUCCUGUGGAGGGCACAGAAACUAGAGUAAAUGCUCAAGCACAAGCUUAUGAGUACAUGACUGCCUAUAUAGAGUCAGCUAAACAGGUUGGUAGAUUAGAAAAUGCUAUUGGUUGGUAUCACAGUCACCCUGGCUAUGGAUGUUGGCUGUCAGGAAUUGAUGUAUCAACACAAAUGUUGAACCAAAAUUUUCAAGAACCAUUUGUCGCAAUAGUUAUUGAUCCUGUACGCACCAUUUCUGCUGGAAAGGUUUGCUUAGGUGCAUUCAGAACAUAUCCAAAGGGUUAUAAACCAGCAAAUGAAGAGCCUUCGGAAUAUCAAACAAUACCUUUAAACAAAAUAGAAGAUUUUGGUGUCCAUUGCAAGCAAUAUUACUCUCUCGAAGUAUCAUAUUUUAAAAGUUCUCUUGAUCGUCGUCUUUUAGAUUCCUUGUGGAAUAAGUAUUGGGUCAAUACUCUUAGUUCCGCUAGUCUUCUAACAAAUGCUGAUUACACUACUGGACAGAUUCUAGAUUUAUCGGAUAAACUGGAACAAUCAGAAUCUGCUUUAGGUCGUGGGCUCUUAUUCGGAGGUGCUGAUCAACAUGAAAAGAGAACUGAAGACAAGCUACUUAAAGCAACUAAAGAUAGUUGUAAGACUACAAUAGAAAUAAUUCAUGGAUUAAUGGCACAAAUUAUUAAAGAUAGAUUGUUUAAUCAAAUCAAACCAAGCAAAAGCGACUAA